AUGUGUCAUCAGGGCAGUGAGAGGCUGUGGAGCAGGGCCGGGGCUGAAGGAGGUGGUGCUGUCCGUUGGAAAAGUCUGCCCUUGUAACUGAAAGCUCUGAAGUUCAGUGGCUCAUUGCAGCGGCUGAGAUCACCAUCCAUCGCAAUGUGAUUAUAAAACGAUUGAAUCAGAGAAAUCCUCCCAACUUCACCUUAAACCCGUGCAAUCUCUUGUUCUGGGCCCCACCUCGGCUCUCUGAGCACCUCCAAAACAUCUCCCCCCAACACCGGCCUUCUCUCUUCCACAGUGAAUCUCACUGGCAAGUCGAUCACUCUCCAAUUCUGAUUUCUAACUGCAAAGUGUUGUAUAACGCCGGAGAUUGCACACAAUUGCAUCAUGUCUAAAGGGGUUUGCUCCUAGCCGGGUUCUGACUCACAGCGCUGUCAAUCUGGUCUUUAUGACCGGCCACUAUUGGUUGAAGUGUGUUGAGCGGUGGCGCUGAGUGGAGUGACGGCGCCGUCAAUCAUCGUCCAUAUUACCGGUGAAAUCUCAAGGACUACACGCAGACUUCAUUCCAGCGUCUGGCAUUCAACAUGAUCAACAUGAAAAAUCUGCUCUCUCCGUUGCAAACCAAUCAUUGCCAGUGUAAUUCGCAUCAACACAAAGCCACAGUCUUGAGAAAUCCACCGGCAUGGGAACCAACAACAUGACACAAGACACUGGUGAUCUACUGCUGACGACAGUGAUGGAGGUACCUCCGUCCCCUCCUGCACUGCUGUGGGGGCUGGACCUGGAGAGCUGGCUGGAGGACAUCGAGAGCACCCUGGUCCUCUCCCCCAUUCUGGAGGACCUCAAGUGCGGGGGAUCAGAACUGCCCCUCCUCCUUGACCUGGACAGUGUCUUGUGUCCCACGGGUGAGGAGCCCAGAGACAGCGGCGGGGGCCCAGGAGAGGGACAGGCACAGCUGGAGUUCCCAGUUUUGCAACGCCUGGAAAAAGGAGACAAUGUGAGAGAGGUCGUGGAGAGGGGGGAGCCCAGCCUGGAGAUGCCCGACCCAUUGCCACCCCCUCCCCAAACCCACACCGUGCAGGGCGGGCCAGCGGGGAGCAGAGGGCUGAAACGGCGGAGGGGGACGGAGCAGCUGCUUGAGGAGCUGGCCCAGGAGAACCAGAGAUUGAGGGCCCGGGUGGAGGAGUUAUCUGUACAGGUCCAGCAGACGAGGGAGCUCCUCAUCCAUAGGGUUGUGGGUGGCAGAUGA